CAACAUGCUAAUUUACUAGGAAUGCUGAAUUUCGACAGAGGCGACAUCAAACCUUCUUUUCUAUGUCCUAACGCGACGUGAAUGUAUCUAUCUCAUGCCGGUUUCUUAACUCUCGUUCAUCUAUUUGUUCGCUAUUUUUCCUAGGACCUACUUAUAUCCACUGCACUGAACUGAAGAUCCGAAUUUGAAAUCACCACCAGGCAAUUUUCUGUUUGAGGGGGUUCGGGUGACCGACUGGGUACUCACUUCAGCCAAGUUCAUCUUCAGUUGAACUAUUGUUGCUUGUCAUAUACUCUGAUAUAAGGAACGAAUAAUGGCCCUUUGAGACUCUUGGCAGCUAGAUUCCCACCUUUCUCGUCUGGCCGAACGAUAAAAUCCUCGAGGUCUGCUCCUACAGCGCAUCUUCGUGCCUCUGAGUAUUGUUAGAACGACGGAUCAGCGGUCGAAAUUGUAUUGAGCAUACGAUACUUACGUUGUUCUGCCAUGGCUCUCAUCAGUCAGACUUGGACUUUGACAGCCAAGAACUUGAAGAUCGCAUUGAUUCGCCAUCCUUUAGCAACAGUCGUUCGAGCAUUGGUGCUGCCUAUUGUUUUGGCAGCGUUUUUGAGUUUUGCUAGGAAUUUGCUGGCAACUCCUGCAGUUUACGGUAUCGGCGAUGCGCAUGCCGUCCGCUCACUGCAAGAUGCUCUGAACGUCGCCAAAGGGUCCGGUCGCGAGACGAUAGCCUUCGUAAACAGUGGCCACUCUGGUGGCGAUAUAGAUCGCGUCAUCGACCAGGUAUCAAAUAUGGUUACAGAUGGGAACAUCCAAAAACUUUCCUCAGUUACUGAGUUGAGGUCACUAUGCCGGAGCUCUCUACGUGGCGUGUCAUCAUGCUAUGGCGCAGUUGUGUUUAACUCUUCGCCUAGUGAAGGUGGCUUAUGGAACUACACUCUGCGCGCGGAUGGCUCCUUGGGUACGAAGAUUGACGCGACGAAGAGUACCAACGAUGGAGAGAUCUACACUCUGCCGCUGCAAAGAGCAGUGGACUCGACUAUUGCAAAUCUGGAUUCGACCAGUUCGUUUCCAGGCACAACGAACGAAUAUCCGUUUACCACUUUGACUCAAGAAGAGCGAGCACAGCAGAUACGGCGGAACUAUCAGUCAGCCCUUUCAAACUGGCUGGCCGUCGCUUUCCUUUUAACUAUGAUUGGGGUGUGUUACCACAUGACUGGAUUCAUGGCGACCGAGCGCGAAAAUGGCAUGUCGCAAUUGCUGGAUGCCAUGAUGCCGGCCAAACACAGAUGGCAAGCCCAAGCGGCGCGCCUGCUCUCCUAUCACAUUGCCUUCACUAUGCUUUAUAUCCCCGGCUGGGUCAUUUCGUCUUUGAUCAUUGGCCGCGGGGUUUUCGCUACGACUAGUGUUGCUAUUCCACUAAUCUACUUCAUCUUGUGCGGGUUGGCAUUAACAUCGCUAUCCAUAUUGGGCGCAUCUUUUUUCAAAAAGUCACAGCUGUCCGGUGUCGUCUCAACAAUCGUAUACUGUGUGUUAGGAGUUCUCGCACAGUCUCUUACAUCGCCCAAUAAUGCGACUGUGGCUAUACUGAGCUUGCUUUUUGCACCAUGCAAUUUUGUAUAUUUUCUCACUUUCAUUGCCCGCUUUGAGAAACAGUCACAGCCUACGAACCUAGCAAAAGGUGGCCCUGAAAGUCCAUGGACUCUUCCUGGCAUUGCCUUAUGGGUUUUUCUCGUUAUACAGAUUUUUGCUUAUCCACUGAUCGGUGCUUACCUCGAGCGAGAGCUACAUGGAUCAACGACCAAAGGUAGAACAAUACUUCAUCGCACCCAGGAUGGCCAGACUGACGGUUCUGAUUCUGCGGUACGACUGGAUGGUUUUACCAAGAUCUAUAAACCAAACGCUCUACGCCGCUUGUUCUCGUUCAUCUCACGACCACGGGAUCCUGUCGUGGCGGUCGAUAACCUUACUCUGUCUGCAGGAAGAGGCCAAAUCCUAGCUUUACUCGGGGCUAAUGGAUCGGGCAAGAGCACAACCCUUGACUCGAUUGGAGGAAUUAGUAAGUUGACAAGCGGAAAUAUCACAAUCGACGGUACGGGUGGUUUGGGAAUCGCGCCUCAAAAGAAUGUUAUGUGGGAUGAACUAACAGUAUUUGAACACAUUCGCAUCUUCAAUCGCCUAAAAUCUCCUGGAAAGCUGUCGCCUAAGGCUGAGAUCAUGGAACUUGUUCAAGCUGUUGAUCUAGGGCCAAAGAUUAAUGCACGUUCAGGAACCUUGUCUGGCGGGCAGAAGAGGAAAUUACAGCUUGGUAUGAUGCUCACCGGCGGAAGUGCAGUUUGUUGUGUCGAUGAAGUUUCUUCAGGUAUCGACCCGUUGUCGCGAAGAAAAGUGUGGGACAUUCUUUUGGCCGAGCGCGGCAAACGGACGAUCAUACUUACGACACAUUUCCUUGACGAGGCUGAUCUCCUUGCCGAUCAGAUCGCGAUCCUGUCAAAGGGUACUCUUCGUGCAUAUGGAUCUUCCGUAGAGCUGAAGGACCGUCUGGGAGCCGGUUACAGGAUCCAUGUCUUUAAUGCUCGAGACAUCAAGAAUGCCCCAGAAGUCGAAGGCGUCAUUCGCAAAUUCUCAUUCGAUGUUAUCAGUUACAUCGCAAAGACUUCCGCAGCAGCAGCCGAGGUGAUACGCGCCCUUGAAAAGAGCGGAAUCCAUGAUUACAAGUACUCGGGUCCUACCAUAGAGGACGUAUUCUUGCAGGUUGCUGAAGAAGUCAAAGGGGAGACUAUCGCCAAGCUGGACCGCAGUACUUUACCUACCGGUGUCUCCAAUGAUAAGCAGGCCAGCUCCGAAGACGUCCUGGCAGUUGAAGGCUCGGACAAGGAAGAAUUAGAACUAUUAUCGGGUCAGCGAAUCGGCUUCGGAAAGCAGAUUCUGGUCAUGUUCCUGAAGCGUUGCACGAUCUUCAAGACAAAUUGGUUUCCUUAUAUUGCAGCGUUUCUCAUCCCAAUUAUAACUGCGGGUCUGACCAGCCUCUUUAUCAAAGGACAACAACCGCCUUCAUGUACCCCGACUGAGGACAACUCGGUAGGAUCAAAUGGUGACUUCUACGCACUCCUCAACAAUGCCUUCUUGGUGGCAGGACCAGCCGCGCAAUUUACCCCGAGCAACCUGUUGCGUUUAUUUCUCCCGGUCUAUCAAGGCCAAUUGGGAGGUAGUAGCUCAUCAGGUUCUUCAGAUGGAGGAGCAGCAUCUCUCUUCAACAACCUUGCAACCGUUGAUUCCAUAAGCAACUUCAACGAUUUCAUCGUUCAAAACAGGAAGAACGUCACUCCGGCCGGUUGGUGGUUGGGAGAUGCGAAUAGUGUACCGACAAUUGCCUACUACGCGAACCACCUCGAUGUUUAUACUUCCAUCAUUGGUCAGAAUGCCUUGGAUAUCAUGCUUUCGAAUAUUAGCAUCGCCACAACCUACAGUGCUUUCGACACCCCUUGGGUACCAAAUACUGGAAACUCGCUUCAAUUGCUUAUUUACAUAGGCUUGGCGCUUUCAGCUUACCCAGCAUUCUUUGGCUUGUAUCCUAAUAUCGAACGACGUCGACAGGUCCGCGGUCUACAAUAUUCUAAUGGCGUGCGAUCUCUCCCGUUAUGGACUGCCUACAUUGCAUUCGAUUUUGCAAUUGUCGUGGCUUCCACUGCUAUUGUCGCAAUUCUAUAUGCUACAUUGUCGAGCGUAUGGUAUCACGUCGGGUAUAUUUUUCUUAUCUUCAUGUUAUACGGUUUAGCGGCUACACUGUUGGCAUAUGUCAUUUCGCUGUUCUGCAAGACGCAAUUGUCCGCCUAUGCUUUUGCCGCCGCUGGCCAGGCCGUAGGGUUUCUGAUCUACCUGAUUGCCUACUUGUGUGUUGUCACUUACGCUCCAGUGAACAAGAUCGAUGAAGAUAUCAUUCUAGUGCAUUUUAUCGUAUCCGCUUUCAUACCAAUUGGUUCAGUCAUCAGAGCACUAUUUAUUGGGCUCAACUUAUUCUCUACCGCUUGCGACGGAAACAACUCGGCACCUAAUCCUGCAGCAAUCACCGUCUAUGGGGGGCCGAUAUUAUACCUAAUACUUCAAUCUGCCAUCCUGUUUGGAAUUCUUCUAUGGAAUGACAGUGGAGCAGGCCUGAACAUACUUCACCGCUUCACUCAGAAAUCAAUAGAUCCGCAGGCGGAUCAGACAAUUUCGGACGAGGAAGUGUCUACCGAGUUGACUAGAGUCACAAGCACACCUCAAGAUUCUGAUGGGCUCCGUGUUAUGCACCUUACCAAAUCUUUCGGCAAAAACACUGCGGUCGACAACGUGACUUUUGGUGUCAAACAUGGCGAAGUAUUCGCUUUACUGGGACCAAACGGCGCAGGAAAGUCAACAACCAUAUCGCUCAUCCGUGGCGAUAUACAGCCAAGCCGUAAUGGAGGUGACGUUCUUGUGGAAAACACAUCAGUCAGCAGACAUCGAGCGGGAGCUCGAGGACAUCUAGGUGUAUGUCCCCAGUUUGAUGCCAUCGAUUCUAUGACGGUAGAAGAGCAUUUGCGGUUCUACGCAAAAAUCAGGGGAAUAUCAGAUGUGGAUCAUAAUGUUCGUGCGGUUCUCCGAGCAGUAGGUCUCGAGGCGUAUACAAAGCGUAUGGCUCAUGAUCUGUCUGGCGGCAACAAGCGCAAGCUCUCACUUGGAAUUGCGCUAAUGGGCAAUCCCUCUGUUGUACUAUUGGACGAACCAUCAUCAGGAUUGGAUGCUGCCGCAAAGCGAAUUAUGUGGCAUACGCUCGGAGGCAUUGUCCCUGGAAGAUCUAUUCUCUUGACCACCCACAGCAUGGAGGAAGCCGAUGCGCUCGCCAAUAGAGCAGGUAUCAUUGCGAAGCGUAUGUUAGCCAUGGGCACGACGGACAACCUUCGGCAACGUUUUGGCGAUGCGUUACAUGCUCACCUCGUAAGCAAAACGGCACCACACUCUACCAAAGAGGAGAUGGAACAAAUACGACAAUGGGUCGUUCGCACGUUUCCAGGAGCACAGGUCGAGGAGAAGACUUACCAUGGACAGAUGCGAUUUUCCGUACCUGCAAGCGAAGUCACCAGUGAAAGAAGCCACGAUGGAGAUGCUAAUCAGAACGAAAAGACUGCUCAACUCCAACAACGCAGCGCGAUCGGUCAUUUGAUCGUACUACUGGAACAGCAAAAAGAGUCUCUCGGAAUUGAGCAUUACAGUGUGACACCCACUACUUUGGAUCAGGUCUUCUUGACUAUCGUUGGGCAGCACAAUGUUAAAGAAGAGAACUAUGAGGAAAUGACCAAGAAGAGUUGGUGGAAGCGCAAGUAGGCAUGACAACAACUUGCAUGGGCUGCCUUUAGGUUAACUGUAUCUGUAUAAAAUUAGAGCAACAUCAUUCACAAAGAUAGGGUCAUGUGUUGUCUGCAAAGACUAGCCUAUCAUGUUUGACGGAAUUAAACUUGACUAUUUAAAAGUUUCAAGUUAAGGAAUUUGGAGAGUUUAUAGCAAACGACCGGUACUAGCCACAAGAAAUUCCUUCAUCACAUACCAA